GGUCCACUGAGUUGCCCGCCUGAUCAUGAUGAUGGACAUCAGAAUGGACUAUCUUGCUACUAUAAGCACAGCACUUUAAAAACAUGGGAAGAAGCAAAAAAGGACUGCACUGCUUCUGGAAGCAAUUUGGUGAAAAUAAAUGGUACUAGCAAAACUGACACGGGAUUCCUGACCCGCCUAUUGGACACUAUUAAUUUCAAAGAGGUAGCUGAAUUAAGUAAGAGUGACCAAAAAACAGGUAGCGCUAUGAAAUAAAUAUGGAUAUAAAAGAUAUAUAUACACGGGAAAUUGAUCAGCCAAUCAAAAACGGCGAAAAAUUUUGUAGAGGUGCUCAAUGCCUCUAAAUCUUUACCUGUUAGCAUGCCCUACUGAGAGCCUAUACACGCAGAGGGUAGAGGGACGCCUUAUGACAUGUUAUAAUCAAUCACAGACUAACUAGCAUGAAUGUGGACUCAACCGCUGUUCAGUGAUAGAAACAGGUCCUAGACAAGCUUCACAUGAUGUUCUAGGACUGCUCAUCCCUGUUAUCAGGACCUAUUUAUUCAAAAGGUGCUUUGCUUAUAGUUAUUCAACUUUUGAUAAAUUAGAGCCAGCCAGGGGACAAUGAAACGUCGGUGGCUCAGGGGAAAGAAACGGAAAGAACUAUAGUUAGAACAUUAUUAUCAUGAUCAUGAUCAUCAUCGUCGUCAUCAUCAUCAUCAUCAUCAUCAUCAUCAUCACCAUUAUUACUGAUAUCAUUCGUAAGUUGCUGUUUUGCUUUUUUAUUUUAAAGGACAUUUGGAUCGACCCUGAAGGAACCAACCCUAAACCGUGCUUCAUAAUCCCGAGGACAGAUAAUAGAAAGACAGACCGUGACUGUGGCCAAAGGCAUGCUUAUCUUUGUGAAAAGCCCGUCCCAGGUAUGAUUUCAUUAUGGUGGCACACUUCCAUUUGAAGGCUACGAAGUAGCUUUAAUUUAAAACAAAUGAGGAAAGUAAGGUCUUCUUAUCAUCAUUUUUAUAUAAACUUUCAUCUCGGCUUUUUACGCCGGUCAAAAACUGCACAAAACCAAAAAGUAUCUCUGACCCUGCUCGGAUCAAAAGAAGAAAAAACGUGUCUGUUGCCUAUGUUUCUUAUUAUAAAAAUUCCUUUUCAAACAAUCAGCAACCGUGGUAUCCAAGGGUACUUGCUAAAAUGGCCUAUAUGGGGAGGCUUCGCCAGAAAGGGGCGCCUUUUUCAGGCUUCAGGUAUAUUAAACGGUAGGGGUUACUCUUAUAAAGUAUAUAAAAGGUUCGGGAAAUCUGUCAUUGCGGUCCCAGGCGCAUUCUAUGGCUGUGAAAAACAUAAGAAAACUGUCUGGUUUAGCGACUUGUUCAUAGCUUAAAGACGGUACAUUUACAGCAGUUAAAAAAGAUGCAGCUUUCUAAAUUGGUGUGUAAAAGGGGUGCCUUUUGUCAUUUAAAGGUAUGCGAAAGGGGUCCGUUUUUUUGUCAAAAACUGGUAUGUAAAAGGGUAAGGAGUUGGACCUCAGGGCGGAGCCUCCCCCUUAUAAAAUUUUGUUGAGUACUUUCCCCUCUUACUUACGUACUUUCCCCUCCCCUCCCCACGCCUUGGUAAUGUGUUAAAGUCUUUAGCCCAGAAUUAAAAAACGUUGCUUUUUCCUUUAGGUAAAGUUUGCCAUAAUAAGUGCUCGGGGAAAAUGUCAUCUGUUCCCACUGAAGUCAAUUGCUCAUUUCCAAAAAGUCUCUGUUUUAAGUACAAUAAUAAGAGCGCGAAAGAUGGACAAUUCACCGAACAAGGGUGUAUAUCAGCUGAACAAUGCAGACAACUUGACAACCAAAAAGGCUUGGAAUGUUGCCAUGGUGAUUUGUGUAAUACA